ACUUAGAAAGAUGGCCCUCCCCAGACCACCCAAAUUUGGCGAACGCCGCAUGAUGUUACGUAGACAGCUGUCAACAGAAACGCUGCCGGAAGCAAGUGGAGAGUUCAAACCCACGCCCACGAUAUCAGCUCCCCGGCUCAUUUACGUAUUCAAUCAUGAGACUUUUAAAAACGAUCUUCAUGAACCCCGAAUUGGCAGCGCGAAGGAUGUACAAGCGCUGCGCAAGACAUUCGAGAAACUCCAGUGCCAGAUAAUAGAAAUAAAGGAUCCUACAUUGGCUGCGGUAAAGGAGAAAAUAAGUGAAAUCGAACGAAAAAACUUUGAACAGCAGUCUGCAUUGAUCAUUGUCUUACUGAGUCACGGAGGUGAAAACGAAAUGAUCGUGGCAUCAGACAACAAGGAGUACUCACUGCACAAGGACGUUCUCUUGCCACUAUUUAAAAACGAGACUCUCAAAGGAAAGCCCAAGAUCCUCAUUGCGCAGGCAUGCAAGGGCGAAUUGGAAGCGGAUGCAACUCUAAUGAAACACAGUCCCAACGAGUACGUCAAGUGCUUUAGUAGCACCGAGGGCUUUAAGAGCUAUCGCAGGCCGUCCGAAGGGUCCCUAUACAUCCAAACUCUGUGCAAGUGCAUGGAUGAGCUUGCGACUGAGAAGGACUUUUUAUCCAUCAUGGACGAAGUGAACUUGAAGGUCGACAAAGACUCCAGUGCAGAGGGGUGA